UGUUACGAACAGAAGGGACAAUCCAUUUGUUUCAGAGAAUGCUUCCACCAAUUGAAUGGAUCAGGAAUAUAUACUAUGUGAUUCUUGCAUUAAUUGGUGUUCCUGUUAAUUUAAUAGCAAUUGUAAUCCUGUCCAUGGGAAAGUGCGGGCUCUCCAAGUGUACGACUUACUACCUGGUGGCUAUGGCAACAGCAGAUCUCCUGACGGUUUUAACUGAAGUGGUCCUCCGGCGAAUAAAUAAUUAUUUUUUCUCCUUAAAUUUCCUGAAACUCACCUCUGUCUGUCGUCCUCUCUAUGUCUUUGUCAGAUCAUCUGUAGACUGUUCCGUCUGGUUCACUGUUGCUUUCACCUUUGAUCGAUUUGUUGCCAUUUGUUGCCAAAAGUUGAAAUCUAAAUAUUGCACCAAGAAAACUGCAGUUGUUGUUCUUGGAACAACUGCGGUUCUGCUCUGUUUGAAAAACAUCCCAACCUACUUUAGAUACAAAAACAGAUGGAUAAUUAACAACGUAGAAUGGCGCUGUUCGAAUAGAAGAAGCUAUUUUACUGACCCGAGGUGGAUUGGAUUUAGAAUGUUUGAAAAGGCUUUGUCGCCAUUGUUACCAUUUGCUUUGAUUAUUUUUCUGAAUGCGCUGACAGUCAAACACAUAUUAGUCGGCAGUCGAGUUCGUAAAUUACUGAAGAGUCAGAGUAAAGGAGAGAAUCACAGUGACCCCGAGAUGGAGAGUAGACGGAAGUCUAUGAUUUUACUCUUCACUGUAUCUAUCAGCUUUAUCCUGCUAUGGUUUGUGUAUAUCUUAUAUUUUUUUAAUAUUGAUGAUCUCUUCGAGGAUCCCAAUGAUAUAUUUGACAACCUAUCUUAUAUGCUGCGGAACUUAAGCUGCUGUACAAACACAUUUAUUUAUAUGGCAGUUCAAUCCAGGUUCAGAGAGCAGUUGAAAAGUGCAGCCAAAUCUCCAGUCAUAGCAGUUGUUAGCUGCAUCAAUAGUCAGAAGUUCUGA